CUUGAACAGAAAAAGUUCUUUUUUAUUUUAAUGCUGAGGUUGAAUCAGACUCUACAUCACACCACACCAGCAGUCACUCACUGGUGAUCUCAAUCAACUUCUUCUUCUUAGUGCACUAGACAUUUCCUAUUUCAAAUGUGCCACCAACGAAGAAAGCCAAAAUAAACUUUCAUCAAGGGAGGUAAGUAGGUGCCAGGCGCAGAUGCAGGCCGGGGCCAUCAAUGAAGGUUUCUCCAGACGCCAGGUUCGCUUAAUUUAUGUAUGAAUCAAUGAUCGCUCACAAGUUGUCAAGACUGGCCAGGAAGAACUUGCCUAAUGAUUCAUGCAUGACUCAUCAUCCAUGAGACUUUGAAUUUACCUUUUUUUUUAUUUAUGCUCAGUUGCAUGAACUUCUGCGUCCUGGAACCUGGAAGCAUGUGGUUGAAGUGUUCGUUGGGCUGGAGGCUCCCCCCUUCAAACGAUUCAAACCAGGCUAGCACAAAGUCAAAUCCAAGCUAGGGAUUCAAAGUUCGAAGAACAGAAGCCGAACGAACUUCUUGAUGCGGAGAAAUGGAAUAAUAAUACAUAGGACAUAGGACAUAGCAAUAAUAACUAGGACAUAGCAUAGGGUUCACAGACUUCACGACAAGUCCAUUUCCAUUCUGAUGAACAUUGAUCUAAAUUGCUGACUGAGAACAGAUUUUGAUCAAGAAAGUGAUCGUGUUUCCUGAAGAAAAUCCCCGCCGAGUCUGAUGUCCGUCCGCCUCCUCCUCCUCCUCCUCCUCCCCCCCCCCCCUUUUGUCUAAUAAUAUAUAAUUCAUCUGCUCUCCCGGAGUCUGGGGACAGUGGAGUGGUGGAGUGGGGAGGAAAUCAGAUGGGGUCAAACCUUGAAUCCCCACAUCUCUCCGCCUCUCUGGCUCUUAGCUCUCUUUUUUACUGAGCUAAACCUUUCAGACGCGUUCUGGUGCUGCGUUCUGGCCUCUUACUUUUGAGGUUUGAUAGUUGCUCGUUAAAACCUACUCAAAUCAUCACAUCGGACUCAGCAUCAACAAAGUUUAAAAAAGAAAAAUGGGUUCGACCCUCUUUUUCUUGAGUAUUUGUACUGCCGUUAUGGACUAUAUUUUUCACAAAAUCCAACUGUUGCUGGGUAUUUUCAAAAGCGUCUGCCUUCGUUGGAAACGCCAACAUCGCUGGCUACGACUCGUGAACGAGGGAAAUCCUAUUCUAGGGGAGUGCUUUCGCCUUUGCCUCUUGCACACGGUGCCUCCGCUAACCCCCUCAUAUGCGUCUGCUGAAUUGGACAACUGGGAUUGAAAUUCACGACCUGCUACUCGUACGCCUGCGACAUCAACUCUUGGUCUUCCUGCUCUCCGGCGCUGUGAACUCGUGAGGAGGUAGACCUGUAUUUUGAGUGCGAAUUCGGCUCUGAUGGUGAGCCUGUUCCAAGCAUGGCUAACUUCGGGCCGACGGCCCCCGGGCAUGAGAACAGAGGAUGGAGGCUAUUUGUCGUUACAGUAGUGAUGAUCAUCGUGUCUGGCUUCUUUGUCGUCGUUCGACUUUCCGCGAGAUAUAUUCGGAAUGGAAUUAGGGUGGAUGACUGGGUAAUCGUGGCAGCGUUGACUGCUGCCGUCGGAUUUUCUAUCGCUCAUGUCCUAGCGGUGCAACACGGGUUCGGUAGACACGAGCAUGAGCUCACCCCCCAGGAAAGGAUCGAUGCAUUAAUAUGGAUCUUCGUUGCUCAAGUGUUAUACAAGGUGAUCCUAUGCCUUACGAAAACGUCGAUUGUAUUGCUCUACCUCCGAGUCUUUUACGCCCAGAAGUCAUUCCGCUGGACUUGCUACGUCCUUAUCGCAUUCAACAUAGUAUCGGGAAUUGCAUUUAUCCCACCCACUAUCUGGCAGUGUUCGCCCGUGCAUGCGUUUUGGGAUCGCUCAGUGCCACAUCGAUGUAUCAAAAAUCUUGCUAACUGGCUAUCAUACGCGCUGAUCAAUAUUUUGACUGACGUGGCGAUCUUGAUCCUGCCGAUACGGCAAGUCAUGCACCUCCAGUUGAGAAGGAAUGACAAAAUCGCCGUUAUUUUUGUUUUUGCUCUUGGCGGAUUCGUUUGCAUCACAAGCAUCAUUCGUACCACAGUCAUCGCAAAAGGGUCGGAAGUAUAUGAUAUAACAUGGAGCCCGAUCCCCGUCUCGAUAUGGAGCACCAUCGAAACAAACACAGGCAUAAUCUGCGCCUGCCUGCCUAUGAUCCGACAACCGCUCUCGAUACUCUUUCCGAGCCUCUUCUCCAGUUCAGAGCGCAGCGGAUCAAAACAACCCAGCAGCCGAGCCAACAACUUGAGGAACCGGAGUCAAGGUCGCCGAACAGGCGAGCAUUCGAUCCCUACGAACUCGAGCACACCGUGGGCCCGCCAUAGCCGCGAGGAACCCGUAUACAUGACGGCCAUCAAGCCCCGCAAAGACGGAAUUCCAAAUCGGACUGAAAGCGAAGAGAGUAUGAUAUAUGUCCACGAGAUCUCUGUUUGAAUAGACAUUUCUAGCUAGCUAGCUGCCUCUCUAUCUACAGUCGCGAUGCUUUCUUCGCUCCGCUAAUUCUAGUAGUGCUGUAAGCACUGCUCCACAUCUAGAAGGGGGUGUGGGGGGGACGCCUGUUAAAUAAAAUAUAUAGGAUUGAACAUAAUUGCGGAAAACCUACUAUAAUCUCAGUGCUAUUAUGUUACAUCUAAGCACAAUUUUGUUUCUUUUUCUGGUUCCAAUUGUUAAGAAAUUCAUAGCAACGGUUAACCGCCAACCGAGCACGUGAUUCAUGUAUUGCCCGGGUUAAAACUGAGCUUUUAAUAGCAAUUUCUGUACACGGUUCACUCAGUUCUGUAAGAUCUAGCUUUAAAGAAUGGGGAUAGAUAUCUGAGUCAUAAAACCACUAUAAUUGUAAUAAUCAUGGGUUAGGUACAGCUAGUAGCACUUCAUUUAUUGUUUGAAAAGAUGAUUACUUACCAAUCUCUCCUCGUUGAUGAGCGGAUUGCCUAAAGCAUCUCUUCCCCAAAUUUCCCAGAACGCGGAUAUCUUACCCACCCAUCUCAAGCCAUUUAUCAUAAUCGGGCCCUCUGGGUCUAUAUCGGAUGAAUAGCAGGCCUCGGUUGUCGGCGGCGACGGGAUAGGAAUGUCAGAGGUAGUCAGAGAGUUUCAGUGGUGGUCGAAAGAGUGGCUUCUCAAUGAUCUUUAUUAUAACGGAGAACUUUGUUGCAGGCGAUUCUGAGA